AUGUUUCGUAUUAGAUUAAAGGUUUUUGCUUUCUUCACAUCAUCAUCAUCGUCAUCAUCAUCAUACUCAUUAAAUCCCACCAGUAGCAAAGCUAAGGACGAAUCUUUGCCAAACAACCUGCUGCCGCCGGUGAAGAAGAAGCGGAACGCGUACCGGUGGCUCCGGCCAGGGGAAACGCAUGGGAUUACUGAAGAAAUGAGAUUUGUUGCGAUGAAAUUACGUGAGAAGAAGCUGGAACUUGAGACUGAUAAAUUGGAUGAGAGAGAAAGUGACAGUUCCGAUGACGAUGCCUCCGAUGAUCUGACGUGGGAGCCUGAAUUGGAUGGGUUUUUGAGGUAUUUGGUUGAUAGUGAAUUUGUUUUUAGAACGGUUGAGCGUGUAUGA